GGGCGCUGUAGGUUUCAGCGGAGCGUCACUGUGCUCGCGGGGCUGAGGUCGUCUCAGCAGCCAUGGCGAAAGGCAGAGUCUCUGAACGAUCGCAGACGGGGACACUCCACACGACCCCUGUGGGGGACAGCGCAGCGGGGACGCGGGGUGUCACGGCGCAGAGCAGCGGAGACCACCUGAAGGAAAAAGCCUGUGCAGAAGCUGGGUCAGCAAGAAUGUCACUUCUUAUAUUGGUGUCCAUUUUCUUAUCUGCAGCUUUUGUUAUGUUUUUGGUAUAUAAAAAUUUUCCUCAGCUUAGUGAAGAAGAAAGAGUGAAUAUGAAGGUUCCCAGAGAUAUGGAUGAUGCCAAGGCCCUAGGAAAAGUUUUAUCCAAAUAUAAGGACACCUUUUAUGUACAAGUACUUGUAGCUUAUUUUGCUACAUAUAUUUUCUUGCAAACAUUUGCUAUCCCGGGCUCUAUAUUUCUCAGUAUACUCUCAGGGUUUCUUUAUCCCUUUCCGCUAGCCUUAUUUCUUGUUUGUUUGUGUUCUGGACUCGGGGCCUCAUUCUGCUAUAUGCUCUCCUAUUUAGUUGGGAGGCCAGUUGUAUACAAAUACCUAACAGAGAAAGCAGUAAAAUGGUCACAACAGGUUGAGCGUCAUAGAGAACAUCUCAUUAACUACAUUAUAUUUUUGAGAAUAACACCAUUUCUGCCUAAUUGGUUUAUUAAUAUUACAUCCCCUGUGAUAAACGUGCCAUUGAAAGUUUUUUUUAUUGGCACUUUUCUAGGUGUCGCACCUCCCUCUUUUGUAGCAAUUAAAGCAGGAACAACACUGUACCAGCUUACAACAGCAGGGGAAGCUGUUUCCUGGAACUCAGUAUUUGUUCUAAUGAUUUUGGCUCUUCUUUCUAUUCUGCCAGCCAUCUUCCAAAAGAAACUAAAGCAGAAAUUUGAGUGAGAAGUCAUCUGGGUUUUAGUUUUCCUAUCAUCAUCAUCAUCAUCAUCAUUGUCAUCUCAGGAUUGGCAGGUUUAUGUGUUAAAAUCACCUCUUCAGUAAUUUGAAAUGAGUUUGUAAAAUAAAAUUUCCUAUCACACAGUUAAAAUAAUGCAUGUAAGUGGCAAGGGAGAGAAGAAAGUAAAAAUGGAAAUUGAUAUACUAUGAAAAGUACUGUCAGUAGUUAUGAUAGACACCUUCUAAAUCACUACUCCAGGGUAGCCAUAGAUAAUUAGUAGCAGCAUAGUAGGAAAUUCUUGAUCCAACUGAUUCAACUUAAUAUAUUUCACGAACUGGCUAUACAUACCCUUUACUUGAUCAUUUAAUGUUUUUCUCUCUUAUCCCUUAAUAAUAACUAAAAUAGGGAAAGCAGUUACAAAAUUAGCAAAGAUUCUAGAUUUUUAAAAACAGUAUUACAGUUCUUGCUAAUGUUAGUCUUCCUUAAGAGCAUAAACUUGAAAACUAAAGCUCAAAAAGAGAUUUACAUUUUCUUUUUUUAACUUUGAGGUAAUUUGUUUAGAAGCUGCAUGUUGGUGGAUUAUCGAAUUUGGAAAGGAUAUCAAGUUCUAUUUUUAAAUUUUAUUUUUGUUUUUCCUGUUCUAGAUUAUCAUGGGUUAGUCUGAAAUUUAAAAUUCUGGCCAGUCUAUUGUCAUCGUUUUUUCUAGCUUUCACAGUAUUUGCACUGUGCAUAUAAAAAUGGCGAUUAUAUGAUAAUUGUAUUAUAUUGGUGUUGAUAAUUUAUAUUCAGAUAAUAUUUUGUUACACAGUUCCCUUUACUAUCUCAAAAGGGGAUCAAAAAAAAAAAGCGAACAUUCAGAGUAUGCAGUUUUUAGAUGAUUAAUUAUAUUACUUUAUAUUUGGAAACUGAAACAGUGGCAGCGCAACACUUAAGUCGUUAAAUAUAGUUGAUUUGUUUCAAUAACUGAAAAAUUUACCUCAUUUAUUUAUUAGUCUGGUCAUUAUGUAUUAUGUAAUUAUCCUUUUUAUGCAUGAUACACUUAUAAGAAUGCCUUAUUUCAUUUUUAUUGAUGGCUUUUUUGUUUGGGACUGCUUUUGAUUAAUAGUUACCCAAUUUAGUGUUUUUACUUUUUAUAAUUCAAAGUAAAAUUAAAUUCUCACAUGGUAACUACUAUAUUUAGAUGGUCCUAGAAAAACUAAACAGCUUUUUGCUGCUUGCUUAAUGGUAAUACCCUUGAUUUCUUGAUUCUAGGAUAUAGCUGAUCUAUAAGGUAAAGUACUCUGUCAGUUUUACCUUCACCCAAGACUGUCAUGUUGAAAAGUACCUUAGCUGUGGGAGAAAUCCUUGUAUGUUUUUAUUGUGAGAAGAGUGGUCAUUCUCAAAGCCUGUUUCUACAUAAUACUACAUACUACAUAAUAUUUUUUCUAUCACAGUAUUAACAAAUGGCUUUAUUGUAAAUACAAAGAAAAUAUAUUAAUUAAUAUACUAUUCUUAUGUCA